UCUGCUGCUUCCGCCAUCGUCGUCCACGAAGGAUUUGCUAAUGGCAGAUAUCACAACGUAUUGUACUGCGAAUGUGUUCUCUUGUAUUCUUAUUUCUGCUUCCAAUUACUGUGUAUGAAAUAAGACCUAAAACAUAGGAAAACUUGAAUCGUAAUUCUGUGUUCUGACUCGAUCGGCUGUAUGAGAAAUCGAUAGGUGUGUUGUAGAUUGUAGUCAAUGUUAUCCGUACCAUUUUCGCCGUUUGGUUAUCGUUUUCAGUUUUAUGAGACUGGUUGUCAAUCUGUAUACAAACAUAUCAUACGCACGUAAUUUUCAAGUUUCUCAACAAGUUCUGUUAACGUGUGUUGCCCUGCUACGAGUUUAAGGCAAGGAACAUUUAUCCUCAACAACUUUAACAUAACGAUAUCCUAAAAUGUUAGAAAUAACAUGCAAUGACCGUCUUGGGAAAAAGGUUAGAGUCAAAUGUAAUCCAGACGAUACGAUAGGCGAUUUAAAAAAAUUAAUAGCUGCCCAGACUGGAACACACUGGGAAAAAAUUGUUUUAAAGAAAUGGUAUACCAUUUUCAAGGAUCACAUAAAAUUACAAGAUUAUGAAAUUCAUGAUGGAAUGAAUUUAGAACUGUAUUAUCAAUAAUUAAUAAAUAAAUUAAUCUUAUACAAA